CCUUUAACUAGUCAAACCUGUUGCUCUUUUGAAGCUACAAAGACAAAGCUAUUUUUGCCAAUAUCCAAAAUUCCAUCAAGACCCGAAAGUCGAGCGCAAUUCUACCAGAUCAUAGAUGCAGCAGUCGUCCACAAUCUAACUAUAUCACAAUGCUCUGUGCUAUUUCUGGCGAAGCUCCUCAGGAGCCUGUCGUCUCUAAAUUGUCAGGUGCUGUCUUCGAGAAGAGACUAAUCGAAAAAUAUAUCGAGGAGAAUGGAAAAGAUCCUGUGAGCGGAGAAACCCUGACCCAGGACGACCUUCUACCCAUCAAGACUGCCCGCAUCGUUCGACCCCGACCUCCUACUCUCACAUCUAUACCCGCUCUUCUCUCUACCUUUCAAAAUGAAUGGGAUGCUCUGGCUCUGGAGACGUACAACCUACAGGAACAGUUAGCACGAACGCGCGAGGAACUUGCCACCUCGCUAUAUCAGCAUGAUGCUGCUGUCCGGGUCAUUGCGAGAUUGACAAAGGAGCGCGAUGAGGCUAGGGAUGCGCUAUCGAAAGUGACUGUGUCAGCUGGUAGCGGAAGCAACGGUGAUGCUAUGGCCGUGGAUGCUGAAGCCCUGCCAGAAGAGCUGGCAGCCAAGGUGGACGAAACACAAGCAAAGUUAUCUAAAAGUCGGAAAAGGCGGCCCGUACCCCAAGGAUGGGCAACGGCUGAGGACGUUGCCUCCUUCACUGUCGAAACCACAAACUCACUCCCUGUUCCCCAGGCUACGACAGUCAGUGUCGAGGAAGGAUACGCUACUGUCGGUGGACUGCAGGGCGAUGUUGCUAUAUACUCAAUUGAAGCCGAUAAGGUUGAACGUUCAUUACAAGUCAAUGAGCCGAUAACAGAUUCGGUGUGGGAGGGCACCAGAGUCUUCUUUUCUACUUCCAAGGGCUCCGUCAAGGUUUUUGAGAACGGAAGCGAGAUUGCGUCGUUUGCGGACCAUGCCGGACCUGUUACCGGCCUUUCGAUCCACCCGAGCAAGGAAAUCCUCGCAUCCAUCGGAUCGGAUAAAAGCUUCGUCUUCUAUGACCUGGUUGGUUUGCGUCGUGCCACGCGCGUGUAUACUAAUGCUGCUUUGACGGCUUGCGCUUUCCACCCCGAUGGUCAUCUCUUCGCCACGGGUACCAACUCCGGAGAUAUAAAACUUUUUAUGACUAAGACUGGAGAAGAAGCUGCGUCGUUCUCUCUAGGAGCUCCUGUGCAAGCCAUUACCUUCUCCGAGAAUGGCUUCUGGUUCGCGGCUACGGCAAAGGGGCAGUCUACAGUAACGAUAUUUGACCUUCGCAAAGAAGGCGAGGCUGCACAUGCCAAGGUGCUCGAUGUUGGUGGUGCGGUACAAAGCUUAGUGUGGGAUUACUCGCAGCAGUUCCUCGCUACUGCUGGACCGGCUGGAGUGACAGUGCAACAGUACAGCAAGGGCUCUAAGAAAUGGUCAGAGCCGUUACGAGCGGCGGUCAGCGCAGUAGAUAUCAAGUGGGCUGCAAAUGCAAGCAAGCUUAUAGCUGUGAAUGGGGACGGUGUGGUCAGUGUUCUUGCUGUCAAGGAGUCAUGACGAUCAUGAUGAUCAGGACGAAGACAUGGGGCAGUAAUAAUGGCGUUCAUCGGAGAAUAAUGCAAGCCGAUCAGGUUCGGACUCGGUGGUGAAAUACCAAAGAAAAAUUGAUUUUUCGACCCCAUGGCACAUAUAAGCAAACCACUUUGACAGUUUGAUAGAUGUACAGUAUGCUCAUUAGGUUAUUGAAGGGUGAUUUACAUACCUACCUAACCUAACCUACGUGGUAGUAAUACCUUUUCGCGUGAAUUCAUGGAUCUUGCAAAGACUUCUGAGAAUUGGCAAGGC